GAGGAAUGCGCGUCGAUGAUGUCACUGCACUUGUUGAGAGCGCCAAAACCAAGCUUGUACUCGAUGUUGAAUACGAAAUACCUCCUGCUCGGGCUCCGAGGCCGACGUUCGUCAAGUACAAAGUGUGGACCCCCGAUGGCCGGUCGAAGAAAGCUUCGUUGUCGUCGUCGACGACGACGACGACGACGACGGCGGCAUCCCAUCUGCUUCCGCUGUUCCUUUAUCACCGCCAGCAACAUUCCUCACGGUUGUCUAAAUAACAUACAACAUCGAUAUAAUAUAUGAGCGCCUUCUUUUUGAGAUGUAAACCAGCGUAUAAUAACGAUAACAAUUAUCAUAAUUAUAAUUACAGAGAUGUAUUAUUACGUACAACUCUCGGUAUGUGGAAAUUAGUUUCUAGAGUCACGGUUCUUGCAGACGCUUUGUCUUCAGGGCAAAGGUCUCCAAAUGCGGACAAAUAUGUUUUCUAGUCCAAACACACAAUCGCUUUGCGAACGAAGCAGUGCCCUUAGACUGUCCGCUUUUCGUUUUUCCCUCUGUGAUAAUUGGUGUGUCGUACUGAUUAAAAAUUAGAAAUAAAGAAAGAUGCAGCUGGUAAUAACAGUUAACUAUGGCUCUUUCUUUUUUUACGCAAUUUAUUGAAGUGUUCGAUCUCUCAAUCUGAGGUUUCGAGUACCGAUUGGACGUGAAUGAAGUGUGUGAUGUGCUUCUUAUAGCCCAUCCGUUGUAAUCAAGUGUGAAUACAAGUUGUUCGUUCAGUUCAACUCCAGCUAGGCCUUAGUAAUAUUGUAUGUACUUACAAAGUAUGCUCGAUGGACGUACCGUUGCGAGUAUUUUUUUUGUCUUAUUUGUGCAGUAGGAAGAUACCAUUCUCCAGCUAGAGUCUUGUUCUGUUUUGAUAUGAUCGCAAAACUCAUCCUAGUACCUUUGUCAUUGCCACUAUUGCUGAGUGCUUGGGUAAUGCUUAUUUGGAUUGGAGACUUAUUUAUCAUGUGUUUGUUCUGGGGAAUCUGCGGCCCUUUUUGCCUUUUGUCGUCCAUCUUUCAUUUUCAUUUAUCACUGAAACCAAUGGAAAAAGCCAUUCUAACUUUAGCGUUACUUCUCCCUCCGUCUCUUCCUUUUUGCGCCAUAUUGGGCUACCUCUACCGCAAACCAGUUAUCGUUGAACAACAAUGAUUGGUGCCGUCACGGGAAUAAGCGCAGGCGAACGCAAUUAGACGGUUUGAUCAGACAAGUUGACGUGCCUUGCUCCACUCAUAUGUCAGGUCUCUACGAUAUUUUUGGAUGCGAUCGUUUCAACCCCGCCUUAAACGUCUCUCACAACUCAGUUGUUAACUUUCAUUCUUUAAACCCAAGGCAAUCCCUCUUUCCCUUUUUCGGUUCCUCCUCUGAUAGAUAGGUCAUAAUGAACUGCUUUCGUAGAUCGCUCAUUUUCUGGAUCGUUUCUGGACCAUAGAGCCCCUAGAAAUAUAUGGUGGAAAUUUGUCGGCUCAAGAAUUCUAGAAACAUAAUAAAUGCACAGUAUACAUGAACGAUUCUAGUUUCAUUUGUGCUAGUCAAUAACGAGUUAAAUUUUCUGGGAAAAGCACCAGGCGUAGUUAGUUAGUUUUAGCAACGUCAACGGAAGUGGCCUAUAUCGGGAACAAUGAUAAAAACUACAGCCUGAAGAGUAUCUUUCACAGAUGAUUUAGACGAUAUUGUGUAAAUGCUAUUCAUUCUACAUACAUUAUGUACUAUAUUAGCGAACCCCAGUAGGUGGGCUUCUUCUUCUCUAAAGUGGAUCCUGUAGGUGUGACUUCGAUUUCCAACUAACAAUCAAUCAUCAGCAUGCUCAACAUUAACUACGUAAAUGGUUAGUAUCCAGAGUUUAAUUGAGAAUCGCGCAUGCGUCAGAAGUACCGAUUAGCAUCCCCUAAUAUCCCUUAAAAAUAUUUAUGAAACAACGAUUAUUACUAAGUUACCGGCAAUCAUCUAACCGGACAAAUAGAAAUCCUAUGGAAUGAUCUAAUGAUGAAAAGAAAAGUUGAACUAUGGCUAGUUAUUUUUCUUAUCGAAAGGCAUUGCUUAUGGCUAUAAAUGGCUCUAGUAGUGUAAUAUUAAAAAAUUUAUGACUCCAUUUGACUAAUACAUAUCAUGAAUCUUGGUGAGAUCAUUGAAUCAUGCAGGGAUUUUGAUGCUCGCUGAUGAUUUAAAAAUAGGACAAGAGUAGAUACGUGACUAGUCUUUAUUCUUGUUUCCAAUUGACAUUUAUCGCAUGGCCUAAGCACUAGCAUUAAAGGCAACAGCUGAAACAGUCGGGUCGGUCUGUUUUCUUGUUCAGAUUUUUACCUAGUAUAUACAAUGACUAAAAUUGAAAUGGUCACGCUGUCAAGGGCAGCCUUGAGUUUAUUGAGUAGUUUGAGUGUUAUAAGUCAUUAAAGUUAAAGAUUUAGUAAAAAUAUUAAUUAUCGUGCCUCUCGUUUGCAUUCUGUUACCUGUACUAAUUGUUCGAUCCCGUCCCGUUGAACUCAUCAACAUGGUGCACUGAGAUUCAGCGAUGAGCGUGUUAGACGGCAGUUUGUCAGUGUGCCCCAAAGUUAUACAGAUUAAGCUAGACAAGGACCCUCAUGGAUCGUUGGGCUUUCUUCUGCGAGGAGGAUCUUGCGUCGAUAACCUGAAAUCUAGGCCACUCACUGUUGUCCAUGUUCGUCCCGGUGGGCCUGCCGAUCGGGAGGGAACAAUUAAGCCUGGAGACCGGCUCAUUGCAGUUGAUAACGUUCACUUAACUGGUGCAACGUUGUAUGAAGCCAAGACCGUGCUAAAACAAGUGGAACGACAGGUUCUGCUUACAAUCGAGUACGAUGUGUCUGUAAUGGACGCCGUCCGCAAUGCGUCAGGACCUGUCCUGGUAGAGAUUGACAGAGCCCACACCGGUAUCACCCGAUUGGGCGUUACACUAACUCAACUCGAUCAUUCAUGUAGAGGAAUCGUUAUUGAAAGUAUUCGACAAGCCAGUAUUGCCGAGCGAUGCGGAGCCUUACAUGUAGGUGAUCAGAUUCUAGCCAUCGACGGAGUAAGGUUAGAGCUGGCGUGCACGUCGGCAGCAGAAGCUCAGCGGAUGCUUCAAGAAGGCAUCGACAGUGUCUUACGACUCGAAAUACUCCCAGCUGGCCGCUUGUUAAGACAGUAUGCUGAGCAGCAGCAGAUGAAGGCAUCGGGUAGCUACAAUACACUGUCAUCUAUAGGUGGACAAAGCACAUCAUCAAGCAACUAUCCCCUACCGCCAAUUCCUCCGCAUCACACGAAUGUUACACCAAAACGGCAAUACAGUCUACGAAGACACCACUCGGAUCAUUUGCCUAGUGUCUCCAGCUGCGGCCAGCGAAGGAGACCCAGUCAUGACUCUUCUGGUGAUAGUACUGUAUUUGUCCCACCGGGUUACGAGCUGCAACGAUCCCGAUCUCAACACGUGAUCAGUCAUGUUGAGAGCAUUGAGAUCGUACUAGCUACAGAUCCCCAGAAGGGCGGUUACGGAGUUACUCUCAGAAGCAAAGAUCGGGUCGCUUUUGUCGAGUGCAUCGUUCCCGGAGGUCCAGCCGAUAGAUCCGGAGUGGUACAAGUUGGCGAUCGUGUUUUAGCGAUUAAUCAUCAGAAAGUGGAGAGCCUCACCACUGAUGAUUUGAACCGCUUUCUGCUCAAAAGCAGACCCAAGGUUACGUUGCAGAUUGAAUUUGAUGUUGCCGAAUCCGUCAUCGCAUCCAGUGGAACCUUCACUGUGAAGUUGGAAAAAAAAGGUCCAGGAUUAGGAAUUACUAUAACUGCACCACGCGAACGAAGUUCCGGUGAUCCGCUCGUUAUUUCAGAGGUUCGGCGAGGCAGCAUCGCCCAUCGGUCGGGCACACUUCAGCCUGGUGACAAACUUCUUGCGAUUGAUCAGUUCCGAAUGGAAAGUUCUACAAUCGAAGAGGCAGCCCGCAUUUUACAGAACUGCCAGGGAGUUGUUCAGCUGCGUAUACGUAAGGAUGAGCAUUGUAGCGGAGUACCAGAUGAACCAGAUGCGGUUGUAUACACGGUCGAGGUCGCGCGCAACGGAGGGCCUCUCGGUAUCACAAUUUCGGGAACCCAGGAACCGUUUGAUCCAAUUAUAAUUUCUGGUCUCACCCAGGGUGGGCUAGCCGAAAGAACGGGAGCACUUCACGUUGGAGAUAGGAUUCUUGCUAUUAAUGGCACAAGUCUAAGAGGGAAGCCUUUAAGUGAAGCUAUUCUUCAACUUCAGACAUCUGGGGAUGUCGUCACUCUAAAGCUGGCCAAAUUCAAACUUGGGAGAAAUGUGUUUGACGACUUGGAACGAGGUUGCGUAUCUAGUCCGAUACCUUUAGGGACAGCUAUCUCUCCUGGUGGCUCUUCCCCAUUAUCAACACGACCUCCACCUUCACAGUCUCCUCGCUUAGAUCCUAAACUAUUGCUACAGCGCCUUUAUGCCGGUACCCCAAUCCCAUCAGUUGAUAGUGCCGUAGAGAGCUGGGACUCGUUGGCCAAUCUCGACACAGCAGGUGCAGCUACAGCACCUCCGACUGCGCCUACAACAGCCGCAACCACCCCAGCUUCAACUGCAUCCCCUGUAUCCUCGAUGUCGCCCAGCGGACUUCCGCAUCCUUCAACAACAAGCCACUCGCAAGCAGUCAACACCGCACAACCGAAAUCAGAAAUUGAUGUGGAAGCUUCCGAGGAUGCGUGGAGUUCGAUUCGCGAGUGGCAAGCCGGUCUUCCACCUGCAUGUCAGGAGGUUCCUUUAGCAAAGUCAGCACCUUCAAGUGCUCGCUGGGAUCCACCCGACUGGGCCCUAAACCCCGAAAGAAGACCGAGCCUUAUGGCUAAAGCACCUUCUCCAUUACCGCCAAAGAGUAAUAUAGGGACAUCAUCUCGAGAUACUACGGCCUUAAGUUCAGCCACCUUAAACAGCCUUCAGCUAUUGGCUCGUCAAUCAAAUGUAUCCGGCUCGUGUCUUCCCGCCGUUUCUCCAUCCACUCCACCCCCGGGUCAGCCGGUUAAGCAGCCACCAAAUCGAUCCGUUAUUACAAGGGGAACAACUCAGCAACAAGUGGCGUCUCCGACGGCGUUGGACAUAUCCGGACCGUCUGGGUUUACUUAUAAUCCUCCUGCCUACACUCAUCAUCCACAAACGCAAUCGCAUGCACAAGGCGGACGACCCGUCAACUCAGAUGUUGAAUCGUCAGACUGGACAAAAGUGCUUGAGGACUUGCAAACCUGCGGACAAUCGCGACUUCUACGUCAAAUUGAGCGCAACCUUCAGUUAGCCGAAAGUCAACUGGCAGCGAGCGUCACCGGUGUACCAGGACUCAGUUCUUCUUCCGGAAUUAGUUCCACCGGAGGCAGCAGUGGAAGCGGUAUGCUGGGCGUACCUUCAGUAACCCCCAAUAAAAGCCCUUCGCCAGCACCUGCUGCGUCUCUAUCGUCACGUUUUGACGAUCUCUUUGGUUUUCAAUCCCAAUUCCAAGACGAGAUGUCAUCGAUACUGGAUUUAGCAGUAUCAGGAGCAAGCAGCCAAGGCGGUACGACCUCUUCAAAUACGCCUUCGUUUCUAGAUCCUCCUCCAAGAAAUAUGCCCAACUUUGGGCUGCAAGACAUACCGCCACCUAUGCCGGUUCCCGUGGAGGUGCAUCGGGUGACUCUAUUCAAAGACAAGGUCUAUGAUGACUUCGGUUUCUCAAUUUCUGAUGGUCUUUUCGAGAAGGGUAUUUACGUAAAUCGUAUAAGACCUAAGGGACCGGCUGAUAUGUGCGGACUCCUCAGACCGUUUGAUCGAAUUCUGCAGAUCAACGAGCACAAGAGUCACAAUAUGGAUUGCUGUACGGCGGUACCGCUAGUGGCGGCCUCUGGUGACACGAUUGAACUGAUAAUUAGCAGACCAGCUUCUUAUUGUCUUCCGCCUUCGUAUCCUGAUUGGGCCCAGGAUCAGCCCUGGUUGGAGGAUGCUCCUAGCUCACGCAGCUCAGUUGUGAUCACACAGACUCUAUAAGCCACCUUUUAAAGAUUAUAACAUUCAUUAUUUGGACACGCGUCAAUCUAACUGACUUGGGGCUGAUAAGGCAAUUUGUAGACAGCUUUUGUGUAAUAUUUUUGCUUUGAACGCUUGAUAAUUGGUUCGGGCUCGUGGUUACGCAGUGUCGUCACUUCUGCGGGUUCACUUAGGUGCGGAACUUGAACGAAGGAGACAUUUCUUAAUUAUUUAGUUUUGCUUACAUAUACAAGCACCUUGCGAUGCCACCUAUACGAUUCUUUCUAUUCUAGGCUGUAUUUAGCAAACCAUUAAGACAUUUGCUUCCUGAGCCGAUAAACAUGCUGUGACAUGAAUAAUUGAGCUAAUGACUGUGUGUUAUUAAACUAGAACCAAUGCCGGGCGCCAAAGUCAGUCGGGUAAAUAAUGAAACGAAUUGUAUGUAACGUACCUAGACACAAAUCUAUCCCAUCACAGUUCACAAUGUACAUAAUACUGUAAAUAAAGUUUCCAAACUACAAUCUC